AUGUCGGCGAAUUCGAAGUCUCUCCAUGGAGGCCAUAGCUUCUCUCCUCUCACCCGUGGGACUGAUCUCGACGACCCCAAAUCGGAGAUUGGGCAUCGCGUGGUCGCGACACGGUCUACUCGUCAGCCGCGUCUCUCCUUCGCCGCCUUCGCUCCGUCGUCGGAGAACGAUCACCCGAAGAAGCUGAAACCCGAAGAGAAGAAAGAGCAAGUUCCGGUGUCGGCAGAAGAAGAAGCAGAGGAGGAAGCCAAGAGGACUUGGAAUCUGCGGCCGAGGAACAAGGGAAACGGCGGUGAUGCUUGCGGCGGAGGCGGAGGAGGAACUUCGGAGGUGAAGAAUCAGAAAUCGGUAAUAGAGCCGAAAUCAAACAGGCAGAGAGGAAUUCCGGCGGACUCUCCCGGAUUAGGCGGCGUUGAAGUAGGUAACGAGAAUCAUCGGCUUUGGAUCGCUCUUUCUCGUGAUGAAAUCGAAGAAGACUUGUUCAGCAUGAGUGGGAACAGACCAUCUCGCCGCCCACGAAAGAGGACCAAAACUUUGCAGAAAUAUCUCGAUGUCAUUUCACCUGGAUUGUGUCUUGUGGGGAUGAAUGCUGAUUGCUUCAGAGUAUCCAAUUCUCCAGCUAAGGUCCGCACAUUGGCUUUGUUGAUCGAUUUCACUUACUUGCUUCAUUAG